AUGGCACAUGAAAAGCCGACGGGUCUCGAGAAUGAGGUCGCGCACUUUCAAGCACGGCAACACCGGAUAGAGGAUGGGCACCGUCUUGAGCUGGCGCGUCUCAAAAAGGAGGUCGAGUACCACAAAAGGCUUCGUCAGGCGGCCGACCAACGAUCUUACGAGUUGGAGGACCAGCUGUCUCGUCUGCGACAGAAUCAGCAGAUGCCAUCUCCGGCAACUGUACGACAUCUUAGUCAGGUGGAGAGGGAUCGGGAGGAGAAGGACAGUCUCAUCUUGCAGAGCCAACUGCUCAUUUCUAAAAACAGCGAACUCACGACGAAGGUCAAGCAGCACCUCCUCCUGCUCCUACUGCACCUGCUGCUCCUGCUUUCCGCCGUACAGUUGCAGUCCCAGGUGACCCAGCUUGAGGAGCUGAAGGCGGCUCUGGAGAGCGAGCUCAACCAGGCCUAUUGCGAGAGGGACGAAAUGGCGACGGAGCUGGAGAGGAUGCUCUCCAGGCAGCACCACCAGCAGCAGCUCAGCAACCGCCGUUCCGUGGAGGGGGAUGGGGACGUGGGGCUGGAGGUGGAGGGUUUGUACGGCUUAUACGGCACAUCACACGUGACUUUUGCCAGCGCAUACCCGGCGGAUGAAAUUACGCAGCUGUGUCGCAACACGCCCACAUCACCGUGUGAUGGUCAACCCAAUGUGCUGACGUGCUUUAUUUCUCUCCCCAGUGGCCGCAUGACCAGUACGGUGUACCAUGUGAGUGAGUGUGUGAGUACCGAAGUGCAUGUAUGCGCGUCGCACGAUGCAGGCAUCGACGCGGCAAUCUCCUUGCCAUUCCUGCACUUCGAUGUCAGCAAUCCAAACCCAACUCACCACUACAUGCCAACCAAUCAGCGAAUGGCGCCCAUGUCGCGUAUUACUGCCCUGUGUGCGGUAUUCCAUUGCUACAUAGCGCACUGCAUAUGUGGGAAGGGGAGAGGGCGCAGGAAAAGUAGGUCUCAUGGAAAGGGGACCAACAGGACCGGCUUUCCUUUCAUGAAGACCAUACAGCGCGGCCGUGAUGAUGAUGAUGAUGAUGGUGGUGGUGGUGGUGGUGGUGGUGGUGGCAAUGCAACUUACAUCGUCGCUUACCCCUCUGCCUGCCGCUCAAUUAGCUACCCUGCCACCUACAUCAGUACAGGACGGAAAUCGUACGUGCGCCGUACAAUGGACCGGGAUUCCGUUCAUAAUCUCAGUCUGCGUAAGGACGUCCAGAUUCCAGUUGAACGAGUCCAGAACCUUUUAAAGGCCGCAGUCAGCGAGGCACAGCACACGGGGGCACAGAGCACGGAGGUGACGACAGUUUCAGAUGAAUUCAGAUUCGAAUUCAAAUUUUAA